GUGACGCACAUUUCAGCCGACACACUGCUUGGCUCUCACAGCUUGAUGAGUAAAAUUAAACGGUACUACAGAUAAAUUGUUGUACGAAUCGAGGGCUGCUGUUAGUGUUUUGAGGGCAUCGGCCCGUUAGUCCGAAAUGGCCCUGUUUCUUUAUGCGCAGGGAUUUUCUUGAUCCAUGUCAGUUCUUCGGUUAUUCCUGUCAAAAUAGUAGCUACCGUCACCGCUUGCCAGCCACCAGAGCACAAACAUGACUCUUCCAGCUCUGCAGAACACCGGCGUGCUUUACAGAAGGAUUUUGUCCCAAUUUCCUCAAGACAUUAGUCUGGCGUUUGCCUAUGGGUCCGGUGUUUUCAAGCAACACGGCACCAGUCAAGGUCAAAUGGGGAGGAACAUGCUAGACUUUGUGUUUGCAGUGGACGACCCAGUGACUUGGCACACCAUGAAUCUGCUGCAGAAUCGCAAACACUACUCCAUCCUAAAACUGCUGGGGCCCACAAAGAUCAGCUCCAUCCAGAACGACCACGGGGCCGCAGUGUACUAUAAUACGCUGGUGCCUGUGGAUGGAAGGGUAAUUAAAUAUGGUGUGAUCAGCACAGAGUCUCUGAUUGAUGACUUGAUGCACUGGAAGACCAUGUACAUCGCUGGACGCCUGCACAAACCAGUGAAGAUGCUGGUGCAGGGUGAGAACGGGAAGCUGCGCGCUGCUCUGGUGGGCAACCUCAAGAGUGCCGUGACAGCCUCCUUCCUCAUGCUGCCUGAGAGCUUCACUGAAGAAGACCUCUUCCUGCAGAUCGCUGGCCUCUCCUAUGCUGGGGAUUUCAGGAUGGUGAUUGGGGAGGAUAAAUCCAAGGUGGCCAAUAUUGUCAAAGACAACAUUCAGCACUUCAGGAUACUGUACAGCAACAUCCUACAGGACUGUCCUCAGGUGGUCUACAAGCCUCAGCAGGGAAAACUAGAGGUAGACAAGAGCCCCGAGGGCCAGUUUGUGCAGCUGAUGGCGUUGCCUCGGACCCUGCAGCAGAGGAUCACACGGCUGGUUGACCCACCGGGGAAGAACCGAGACGUGGAAGAGAUCCUGCUGCAGGUGGCUCAGGACCCAGACUGUGGAGCUGUUGUACAGCAAGGUAUCUCAUCAAUUGUGAAGUCCUCCAGUAUAACACAGAGUCUCAAAGGCAUUGCCACAGCAGGCUUGUGGAAGACGGUGUCGUACAGCUCCAAGAAACUGAUAAAAAUGUGGAGGGGAUGGAGGAGGAAGCCCUCUGUCCCGCAGCCGUCCUGAUCCUGUCUGUCUGUCAGACACUUGUUAACAUGUGUGACUGUCAGACAGACAAGAACUUGACAUCAGGCACCCGUCUAUCCCUCUGACUUCACCCUGAUGAACUUCUGUUCCACCAGUCACACGCUAACCUUUGGUUGUAUCACUCCAUAGCCCCGGGGGGAUCACUGACCAUGCAUAAGGCUGUGUUUGGCAAGUGUUAGUCUUGAAUCACAGCCGACCCUUUUAUAAAUGGAUGACAGUUACAUUGACUGACAAGACGGUGCUGAAUGUGCUGCAUUUUCAGCCAAAAGGCUCUGCAAAGUGGCACUAAAUCAAUGUGGAAUAGACAGUGUGCUUCAAGGAGUAAAAGUAUAUUGAAGGAAAUGUGUGUGGUUGUAAUUGCUGUCAAAAUUGCCAGUCUAAAAUGCCUGUCUGCCAUGUCCCUGAGGAAGAGGUUUUGGACAGUAUCUGUCACAUUUAAUAUAUAUUCACUACACUGCCUAGCAAGAGUGAAAGAUGAGAGGGAGAGAUGGUGCCAACUACAGUGCUGAAUUUCUGUAGAAAAUAAUAUUUCUGUGGAGAUUUUUUUUUUCUGACAUUUAACAUAUGCUUUAUUUCCCCUAGAGCAAAAAUAAUUUCACUUUGUUAUCAUAUUAUUGCCCCAUAGAUGGUUGUUUAGUUAAGAUAUGGUGCCAUUUUUGGAUAUUGCACCAUAUCAGUUUUAUGUUACUGACAAGUAUUUGGCCCUGGCCCUGCUGUGGAGAAGGUGCUACUGGGUGCCCAUGACACGAUGGACUGGUGCUACACAUUUUUACACACACACAAAAACACACAAACACACUUAUCCAUCACUCCCUUCUCCAUCCUCCCUCGUUCCCCGGCAACAAUCUCAAAAAUCUAAUCUCUUAACCUGAAAAAAUUGUUAACAGUAUUUUAAGCCGAUUUCUGAUUAUUUAUCAACUGAAAAUAAGAACACACUUUUUAAAAAAUGUAGAAGAUGCAAAACAACCAUUGCAGGAGCCACAUUUCUCAGGAGGAUUGUCGUGAGUGGCACAGUAUCUACAGAACAAGAACUGUUUCCUCUUUGCAGUCAGAAACUGUUUAAUGCAUGUCUCUGUUCAGCUCCCCAUCAUUUCCUAUUAAUAUGACCUGUUCUUCUCAAGGCCCCCGGUCCCUUAGCGGGCAGAUGCAUGGGUUGGCUCUGCAUGGACACGGUGCUCUGACUCCGUUGUCCUUUCACUGACUUGUUCAGCUGCUUUAGUGUUUUAAUGUGCAUUGCAGUUACAUGAAAUGCGUUUAAUAAACAUUUCUAACAGGUU